UUGGAAUAUAUGUGACAUGUUUCUAAAUAGAGAAAAGUUUGCAGAACAUGUAAAUUGCGAUAAUUUGUACAUAAAAAUGCUAUGAAUUAAACAUUAAUACAGUCAACUCUCCCUUACUCGAUGUUCUGUAACUCGAUAUUUUCCCUAACUCGAUGAAUUUCAUGGCACCUUUGAUUUUACAUGCAUUCUUCUCUCCCUAACUCGAUACCUCCCUUACUCGAUGCCUCUCUUACUCGAUGGGCUUUGUUUCAUUUUUCCAUGGAUUUUUACCUCGCUAACUCGAUUGAUUUUCGCGUACUUGUUUUUGUGCGUUUCUAGCUGUCAUUUCAAUUGCUCUUGAAAGUGAAGACGAAGUGUUCGUAUUAUCAAGGAUUUUUUUUUCAAGUAUGGAAAACCAGGGAAAACCUUUCAAGCGAACGAUUAAAACGCUAACCAUAGCGCAAAGUUUGAGCAUCAUCGAGCAGGUCGAAAAGUAUGGGCGAAAGGUGUCUGAAGUUGCAAAAGAUUUCAGUAUUGCACAAAGUACGGUGUCAACACUAUUCAAGCAAAAGGAAAAAUGGCAUCGGAUGGGAAAAUUGAAUGUGGACAAAAAGCGUAAAAGGUUGGUUGGGAACGAGAAGCUGGAACGGUCAAUGGAAAUUUUUGUCGAUCAAGCCAGAGAGAAUAAUUUACCUCUCUCAGGUUCUAUUCUUCGGGAGAAGGCUUGCGAAUUUGCCCAGAAACUGGGAAUUCCCAAUUUUAAAGGAAGUUCUGGAUGGCUAAGUAAAUUUUUAAAACGGCAAAAGAUGACAUUUCGGAAGCUAUGUGGCGAGAGUGCCAGUGUAGAUCUCAGUGUAACGGACAACUGGAUUUCGCAAACCCUACCCAGUAUAAUCGCCGAGUAUGAUGCACGUGAUAUCUACAAUACAGACGAAACAGGACUUUACUACAAAUGUUUGCCAGACAAAACAUUUGCAUUUCGAUCAGAAACUUGCCACGGAGGAAAAUAUUCGAAACAACGUCUGACAGUCAUGUGUGCAACCAACAUGGACGGAAGCGAUAAACUACCAUUGCUGGUCAUUGGAAAGAGUAAAAACCCACGGUGUUUCAAAAAGAAGAAAUCAUUACCAGUGAUAUACGAGAGUAACACCAAGGCCUGGAUGACCUCUAUUCUUUUUGAGAAAUGGAUUAUGCAACUUGACGAAAGAUUUUCCAAAGAAAAUAGAAAGGUGGUCAUGUUCGUUGAUAAUUGUACAGCGCACCCAAAAUCUCUCCAACCAAAGCGAUAAAUUUGCAGUUUUUUCCACCAAACUCUACUUCAGCCGUUGGACUUGGGCAUAAUCAAGAACCUGAAACAGUACUAUCGCCAUGAAUUAGUAAAACGAAGACUGCUAGAAAUGGAGGAUACAACGGUAUUUUUUUCCUUUUUACAUUCAUGUUAUUCAGCACUCAUACUGUAUUCAAAUAUACUCU